AACUAUUGGCGAGUGCCGACGUAUACAGUAAUUGAGCGUAUUCUUCUUUUGACGAGCACUGGCCAUUAUGUCUCGCCGAGCGUUGGCAUUUGGACGAGAGUAGCGUCGCCCCUGGCUGUCCUCCGUCACAAUGAGUGCCUCCGAAAGUUAUAUCCGGAAUUGCACUCCGCCAGCGAUAGACGACUUCCCUUCUGGCCUCUUCACAGAACUUCAAAGGCAACAUGGAGCUAUCGUCAUCCAUGCACUUAUAUCCAUAUAUUUAUUCCUGGCACUGGCCGUGGUGUGCGAAAAAUUUUUUGUGCCAGCCGUCGAUAGAAUAUGCACUGCUCUGAAUAUGACCAACGACGUAGCCGGUGCCACAUUCAUGGCAGCCGCAACAUCGGCCCCGGAGCUCUUUGUGAACGUGAUAGGGACGUUCAUCACAGAAGGAGACAUCGGGGUCGGUACUAUCGUUGGAUCUGCCGUUUUUAACAUCCUGGCCGUUGCAGCUUGCUGCGGUAUAGGAGCAGGAAUGGUGGUACCAUUAGAUUGGUGGCCCUUAACACGAGAUUGUUUGGCUUACGGUAUCACAGUUUCAAUACUUAUCUGUAUCAUGCACGAUGAAUACGUCAUGUGGUACGAAGCGUUUCUACUCGUACUUUUGUAUGGAGUUUAUAUCUGCAUAAUGUACUACGACAAAUCCAUACAGAAUUUUGCUAAAAAAAGCUGGAAAUGCGUAUCAAACAUGAUAAAAAGAGACGAAGAAAAAGAAGACAAUGCUCAAGUUGAGAUAGAUGGAAAGGAUAAAUCCAGUAACAAGCACGAAAACAUUGAUCAUCAUCAACAUAAUGGAAACAUUAAAGCUGGGGCAAUAAUUCCUGAGACUGGAGAUAAAGGAAAAAUAAGCAAAGAGCAAGAGGUCAAGACAAAUGAAGAUACAAGCGUCAAUGUUCUUGAUAUGGAAAUUGUUCACUCAGAUGAAGUUAAUCAAAAUGUUGACACUAAUAAGGAAGUGCUAGAUGAAUAUGAGCAUUCGCUUUGGAAGUGGCCGACCGGUAGAAGUAAACUUACAAAGGCAACUUGGAUCAUUACCUGGCCCAUUCAUUUAGUAUUUCUAUUUACAAUACCUGAUUGCGAGAAACCAAAAUUCAAAAAUUGGUUUCCUUUGACAUUUCUUAUGUGCAUAGUUUGGAUCGGAUCUCUUUCAUAUAUUGUCGCUUGGAUGAUUACUAUUAUCGGUGACACCCUAAUGAUACCAGAUUCAGUGAUGGGGAUAACAUUUUUAGCCGCCGGUACUUCAGUUCCAGAAGCAGUUUCUAGCGUUAUAGUAGCUAAACAAGGACAUGGAUCAAUGGGAAUCAGCAAUUCAAUUGGAUCAAAUACGUUUGAUAUCCUAUUAUGUCUUGGCCUGCCUUGGCUCAUAAAGGCGUCCCUGACACCAGCAGAACCUGGCAAUUACUGGGUGAAGAUAAACUCCAUGGGAUUGGAAUACUCGGCGAUAUCACUAUUGUCAACUCUUCUACUGUUGUAUUUGACGUUUUGGUUCAACAACUUCAAGCUGGAUAGAGCCGUGGGGCGAGCGUGCCUGGGAAUGUACGCGAUGUUUUUGGUUCUGGCAACCUUGAUUGAGUUAAACGUAUUCUUCCCUGUGAAUGUGCGCACUUGCAGGAGAAGUGAAUUAAAAUCUUAACUAUUAAAAGAACUUUAUGGAUAAAUCGCUUGACCAGUGUGAAGUGUAUUACUUGGGUUGUCAGUUAGUAACUUAAAAAUUAAUUUGAAAACAAAGAUUUAUAAAAGCAUUAGAUGUACGAGUUUGUUACUGCUUAACAUAUUUAAGAAAUUUCUAAAUUAAUUGGCAACCCUAGUAGUCAUGUAAAGUAAUGACUGUAUUCGAUGUCUUUAGAAGUCACCUCCACUCGGUGCUACAUAAGUGAGGUCCCUCAAAGCUUUUUUUAAUAAAUUCUUGAUCCCAGAAAAGCUGUUUACUUUAUGUAACAUUUUUAGUGUGAACAAUUUCUUUAGAAAUGAAAAAAUACUUUAGCGAAAGAAAUUAAAGCGACUUUAUAUUGAGUAUAGAGAAUAUAUGUUAUGCGCGAUUUAUUCCUUUUUGAAGUUGUAGUUAAGAAAACAUCUUAGACCUCAUCUGUAUAAUAUUAAAAUAGUAAUUGAUAUAUAAAUAGAAAAUUUUAUUUCAUACCGUUCUCUUUAAAUAUGUGUUUAUUUUUAAGUACUGAUAAGUAAGGUACAGUUAUAUAUACUCAUUUAAAUCCCAAGAAAAGAUUUUAAGUACAUUUUUAUUUUUUUAUCAAAGUUGCUACUGUUUAUAGUAGUUAAAAAACUCAAACAGUUUAUGAAAUAUUACGAAAAUACGCCUUCAAAAAUAGUUUAUAUACGAAUUCAUUUGUCAAACGAUUUGUCGUAAGUUCAAGUAUAAAAACAUUUACUAUAUUGGUAAUAUAAUAUAUUCAUUUAGUGGUAAAAAAUAAAUAACACAAAAACGUGUAUUGUAAAAAAAUACGGAAAUGUCUCCAACUAAGUCGAUGUUGGAGAGAUGUAUUUGCAAUAACCUUUUAUUUCGCCUUGGUCCAACGUUCUUUUAAUGUAGAUAAAAUACAAACAUAAUUUGGAGCUUCCGUAUGCUAUUAAAAAUUUCAACAUAGUAAUAUUAGUUACGAUAAUAAUGUACCCCGAAAAUAGCAUCAUUUAUAUUUAAACUGUGAAUAUUUAGGAUUUUUGUAAAUAAAAUGUCAAUUGUUCUUAUUAUA